UUAAAUCCCAUCCAUCUUAUACCGAGAAGCGUAUCGAUCCCCCUCCUAUCCAUCCUCAUAAAGUUAUUGCUAACCGUCACUCCCUCAACGCCACCUCUCCGCCACCCACGUAGCCAUGCUCUUCUCGGCCGCUGCCCUGAUACCACCCUCCUCGUCGGCGCUGCUGCGGCCUCGUCUACCCGUUUCUCUUCCCGGUCCGCCUAACCUAGCUGUCGUACGGAGGCCAGAUGGUAACCUAGGUCUUGCCCGCUGGAGAUGCCAUGCAAUAUCCAAACGAAGCGCUCAAGAAAAUGGUGCAAAUUUAGUCCAAGAUGGGGUUCCUGUCAUCAGACGGCGAGAGAAAGUUCCUGAAUCGAAUGAUGAGGACCAAGUGCCGGAGGACAUGCGGGGGAUGAUUAAUGGAGUGAAGUCGAUGCUUAGCUCGACGGAUGAUGAUGGAGAAAUAAGCAUUUCCGCAUAUGACACAGCAUGGGUGGCCUUGGUGAAGCACCAAAAUGGAAGUGGAGACCCUCAAUUCCCAUCUAGCCUGCAAUGGAUUGUCCAAAACCAGCUGCCUGAUGGCUCAUGGGGGGAGUACUCAAUUUUCUUGGCUCACGAUCGAAUAAUCAAUACUUUGGCUUGCGUAGUCACGCUAAAAUCUUGGAGUAUUCACGCUGAUAUCUGUGAGAGAGGAAUUUCUUUUCUUCGCGACAAUAUGUGGAGGUUGGCUCAGGAAGAAGCAGAGCUGAUGCCCAUUGGCUUUGAGAUCGCCUUCCCUUCUCUCCUAGAGAUAGCCAAGGCCUUGGGGUUGGAACUCCCUUAUGAUGAUCCUGCGUUGCAGGAUAUAUAUGCCAGCAGAAACCUAAAGCUGAAGAGGAUCCCAAACGAUGUGUUGCACAAAUUACCAACAUCACUGCUCUAUUCCCUAGAAGGAAUGCCUGGUCUGGACUGGGAGAAGCUUUUUGGGCUCCAAUGUGUUGAUGGGUCCUUCCUAACUUCUCCUGCUUCGACGGCCUAUGCUCUCAUGCAGACGAAGGACGAGAAGUGCCUCAAAUACCUUCAGAAGAUCGUUGAAAGAUUUGACGGAGGAGUACCCAAUGUAUACCCUGUGGAUCUUUUCGACCGUAUGUGGGCUGUCGAUCGGUUGGAGCGCCUUGGGAUCUCCCGGUAUUUCGAACCCGAGAUCAAACAAUGCCUGGAUUUUGUCUAUAGAUACUGGACCGAGGAAGGGAUUGGUUGGACGAGGAAUUCUACAGUACCUGAUGUGGAUUGCACGGCCAUGGGAUUCCGUCUCCUCCGUUUACAUGGAUACCAUGUGUCUCCUGAUGUUUUCAAGCAUUUUGAGAAGGAAGGUGGCUUCUUUUGCUGCGCUGGGCAGUCGAGCCAAGCAGUCACUGGGAUGUACAGCCUCAACAGGGCAUCUCAGGUGGCCUUCCCUGGGGACAGAAUAUUGGAGCAAGCCAAGGAUUUCUCAUAUAAAUUUCUCCGAGAAAAGCAAGCCGCCAACCAGCUCCGGGACAAGUGGAUCAUAACAAAGGACUUGCCCGGUGAGGUGGGGUAUGCACUGGACUUUCCCUGGUACGCCAGCCUACCACGCAUAGAGACGAGGUUGUACAUCGAGCAUUACGGAGGUGCAGAUGUCGUUUGGAUUGGCAAGACCCUCUACAGGAUGCCACGCGUGAACAACGAUGUGUAUCUGGAGCUUGCCAAGUCCGACUUCAACCGAUGCCAGGCACUCCAUCAGGUGGAGUGGGAAGGCCUUCAGAAGUGGUGCGAGGAGAGCGGCCUGGCGAAGCAUGGGGUGCGAGCGGGCGGCGCGCUCACGGCCUAUUUUCUGGCAGCAGCGUGCAUAUUCGAACCGGACCGGGCGGCGGAGAGGCUGGCAUGGGCUCGGACCGCCAUCGUCGCCGACGCCAUCUCUUCGUACUUCCGCAACGAGUCGUGUUCAGUUGAAAUGAGGCAGGCCUUCAUCCACGACUUCCUCGAUGGAGGACGCAACGACCAAAGCACUACCAGGUUGGGAUGGAAGAGGAGCGGACUAGAAAGCCAAGAAGAGGUGGUGGGCCCAAUACUCUUGCAGUUGCACGACCGCAUCGCGUCUGACGCGCUAUCGGCUAACCAAGGAAACCACGUCGUUCACCACUUGAGAGAAGCCUGGGCUGAGUGGCUGCUGACGUGGAAGCACAAGAACGAGGGAACACACGUGCGGGAGGAGACCGGGUUGCUGUUGGUCCGCACUGUGGAGAUCUGCGCUAGCCAGUCCAGUUCGGUCGAGCCAGCGAUGGCUGGCUCGGAGUUCGACUGGCUGGCCAGGCUCACCUCCUCCGUCUGUCGCCGGCUCCAACACCGCAUGCUACUUCAGCAGGGCACCCCAAAGAACUUAGCUACAUCCGAGGAGGACAAGACAAUAGAAGCAGAAAUGCAAGAGUUAGCACAAUGCGUGCUUCAGAGAUCUCCUAGCCUCAGCAGCCAAACCAAGCAGACGUUCCUUACCGUCGCAAAAAGUUUCUACUAUGCUGCCCACUGCCCAUCUGCUGCUCUCAACCAUCACAUCUCCAAGGUUCUCUUCGAGCCUGUAGCUCAAUCUGGCUGCAAGUAAGAUCAAGUUCAGUUCAUCAGGAUGUAAAGAAGUCGUUGUUAUCAAUGUUCUAUCACAACAAAAUUCGUGUACGCGCUGAAUUACAGCUAGUAGAGACAUUUCAUCCUUUAAAAUGGUAUUAAACAUGUAAUUUCUAUGAGAAAGAUAACAACUUUUCGUAGAUGGAUAUGAUCAAAAAUUUUUAUUGAGAA